AAAUCCCCAGUGUUGACAAAAAAGUCACGUCGAUUCACAAUGGGAUCCAACGAUAUCACGCCGCCGCAUGUGCCCAAGCACGUCGUCCCCGUCUGCAAUCUCCUCCUCCAGGUGGGCGGCGCGUGCUGGACGGUAGCGUACGCGCUGUACCUGGUGGAGUCGCGACGGUCCAAAUCCUACGGCAUGCCCAUGUUUGCGCUCGCGCUGAAUUUCGCCUGGGAGCUCGUCUAUGCUUUUCAGGUCGCCGAGUCGCCCCUCGAACGCACCGUCUUUGCCAUCUGGAGCGUCAUCGACGUCGGGCUCGUCUACGGCGUCGUCCGAUUCGGGGACCGCGAGUGGGGUCGUCACUCCGCCUGGGCCGCGCGCAACCUAGGUUCCAUCUUUGCCGUGCUGCUAGCCGUCGCCCUCUGGCUGCAGUGGAGCUUUGCCAAUUGGUGGAUCGUCAACAACGUCGGCAGGCGCGAGGGCAAGUUCUACAGGGGUGUUGUCGGGCCCGACACCACUGAGCUGGGCUUCUGGACCGCCGCUUUCUGUCAGGCUUACUUGUCUGCCGCGAGCUUGGCGCAGCUUGUCAUCAGAGGGCAUUCUGGUGGUGUUAAUUGGUCGAUUUGGGCAUCCAGGCUCACGGGCUCCAUCGUGGGACUUUGGAUCAACUACAUCUGGGCCUGGUACUGGUGGCCUGAGGCGCACCCAUAUGUCGUUUCUGAGCCGUCAUUCUUCUUCUUUGGCGUGUCUAUGCUCAGCGAUCUCAUUUAUGCGCCCGUUUUGUGGAGGACCCACGCUACCGAAAAGACACUUGCGGAUGGCAGCAAAGUUGCAGGAGAUGAACAGUCAGAGAACGUUUCAGUCAAGACCAAGAAGCUUUGAAAAAAUACGGCUUGCAAUCCGCGCACGCAGAAAGAGGUGCGACUAGUGGAAUCCAGGUCACGAAAGAGGGGAAACGUGUAAGAAGAAAAAUAAAUAACAUUAUUGUCUUGCAAGGCUAGCAAGGCCACGAGAACCUGCCCCGUUGACAGCCUAUUUGGGUAUAUAACCAAAAUCCGAAACUCAUACAUAUGAAACAGAAACCGAAUCCCUCCUGUGUAUUUGGCCUCUCUGAAGCACAUACUUUUGCGUCUCUUGCGCCGCGUCCAACCUGCUCUGCUGCGUUUGGUGUGUUUGCUGAGU